AACCCCUCCAGGGAUGGUGACUCCAGCACUGCCCUGGGCAGCCUGUUCCAAUGCCCCACAGCCCUUUGGGGAAGAAAUUGUUCACCAAGAUCCAAUUUAAACCUCUCCUGGUGCAACUUGAGGUUGUUUCCUCUCAUCCCAUCGUGAGAUGCUCUGCGUGCUGUGAGCAGGAGACACAUCGGUGGGGUGGGCUGACCCCCCGCAGACGGGGAUCGGACGGGUGCACAGUGCGGUGCUCGGUCCAUGCAGGUGAGGGUGACCAGCACCCGGUGCCACGUGGCAUCAGCAGGACGUUACACGCAGGGCUGUGUGACACAGAUCCACAAGAAGGGACACUCGUUCCUCUCUACCCGCAGCUCCACGCAGCGAUAUCCCCUUUGUCUUGCUCUGACACAGCAAAGCCCAGGAAAGCAACAACCCCCCAGUGUCACCCACCAGCUCUCCUGGCCCACGAUAACUCUUUCCUCUACAGAGUAAAACCUCCUUCUCUGCAGAAUAAACCACCCCACUGCAGCCAGGAAAUGCGAGGCCAGGUGCUGCAGAGCCCCCAUCCCUACCAGCCCCUCUGCAACGUGUCCGCCAGACCCAGGACACCCCUCCCUGUGUGACACACGGCCCCACAAUGUCCCUCCCUGAGCCCCUGACAGCCCAGGGACGCCCUGUGAGCCAAUGCAAUGCACUGUGCUUGUGAGCGAUUUGCAUCGGAGGGAUAAGGGGAAACCCCAGGAAACGCAUGGCCCAGGCAUUAAUCAAAUCGAUCUCUAAUAAUAAACCUGCCGAGCGAUGCACGGGCUCGGGGCUGGAGCUCGCGGUGCGAUGGCGGGAGAGGGGGACUAGAUGCUGCAGGAGAGUCAAACAGUCCAUGGACUGCAACAGGAAACCCGGCUUCUACUACGACGAGCUCCUGAAGCAUUGCAUCAGCUGCAGCACGGUGUGCGGGCAGCACCCGAAGCAAUGCGCCACGUCCUGCGAAACGGGGGCCCUGCUGGCCACCCCCCCUGCGCCCGCCGCCCUGGGGACGUCCCCGGCCCCCGCGGCCGUGCUGGAGCAGAAGGUGUGCGGGGAGCAGGAGCCGUGGCUGGUGGUUUAUCUGCUGCUGGGGCUCUGCCUCUGCGCCCUCGUCUGCUCCCUGCUCCUGGGCUGGACUCACCUGCGGAGGAAGGGAGAGGUGGUGACCUGCCCGGCCAGCGCCGGGACCUGCCACCGCAGGGAGGAUUCCUGCAAAGAUCAUCUGGUGGAAGCAGGCAGCGUUGGUGAUGGAUGCACCGGCAUCAGGGUUCCAGAGCCAGUGGAAACCUGUGGCUUCUGCUUCCCUGGACACGGCUCCGCUGUACAAGAAACCAAACCCUGCCACAGCUCCUCCUGUCACACGGGGGAAAGAGCCGCUGCUCCCGCUCACAGCGGGAUACGCAGCACGGGAAGCGCGGGGGCCAUUCCCAGCCCCGACGACGGCCACUUCAAAAUCAUCUGUUCUCCUUCGCAAGAGAAGACACCCAUGGCGUGACCGUGGUGAACAUUGCUGCACAGGAUCAGACAGGAGGGACGUUCCCUCCGCCCCCAAACACAGUUGCUUCACCCUCUGUUUCCAGUGACUGUAACGACUUCUCCCAGGACCGGCGGACCCGGACCGGUGUUUGCCCAGGGGCUGCAGGCUACAGACAGCGCUGUUGGUUACACAAAGUGCUGUCUUCUUCCACUCAGGAAACUAAAUUCUUAUUCUUGUGCACUCCCAGUGAUAGAAGUCGCUUCCCAUUCAGCCACAUCUUCAUCCGCCGACAUGGCCUCUGCAGACUCCUCCGCGCAGCCCGGUUAUGAGGAGCGACGUCUCCUUGGGGGUUUUCAUCAGCACAUCUUUCCCUGCUGCCGUGUAACACAAGCAGAGCUGUGAGCAUCUCACACAGACUCAGCCCCAAGAAGCUGUAAUGACCACUGAAUGCCACCGCCACGCUCUCAAGAGGAGCCUUUUCUGACUUUGAGACACAAUGUGGAAAGCCCCACCACCAUCUCUCAAUGCUGCUUGGGAUGAAAGGACAGGUCGGGGAUGAUAGCAAAGCUUUGCCUUGUGACAGGACACGAUGCUGCACGGGAGGAGCUGGGACAGGCACCAAAAUCCCCAGUGGAAUUGGGUUUAAACGUGAAAACUCCUCUAAGGCUGAGAAGUUUCCUAAAGACUGGAUUUAUGUAGGCCUGGUCAGGGUUACUUAGCUGGUAAAAGUGAUGAACCAGCUUGAGAUACAGCUGCUUUGAGGGAAGGUUUUUAUCUGACCUGGCUUUGAAAGCUACUGUAGAAAAAGACAGGUUUCAAAAUGUAUCUUGAAGUUCUCAUUUUCACUAAAGGAGAGUACAGGAA